GUUGGCAGUAGGGAGGGUCUGCCGUGGCAACAUGGGAAACAAGCAGACUGUGUUCACGGCGGAGCAGCUGGAUGCAUACCAGGACUGCACAUUUUUUACUAGAAAAGAAAUACUAAGGCUCUUCCACAGAUACCGAGACUUGGCACCGCAGCUUGUUCCACUUGACUACACCAGCAAGCCAGAUGUGAAGUUGCCAUAUGAGCUGAUUGGCAGCAUGCCCGAGUUAAAGGACAACCCUUUUCGGCAGAGGAUAGCGGAGGUCUUCUCGGAGGACGGAGAAGGCAAUAUGACCCUGGAUGACUUCCUUGACAUGUUUUCAGUGCUGAGUGAAAUGGCACCCCGGGAUCUCAAAGCUUACUAUGCAUUUAAAAUUUAUGAUUUCAAUAAUGACGACUACAUAUGUAAGUCAGAUCUGGAGAAGACGCUGAACAAGCUGACCCGUAAUGAACUGACCCCCGAAGAGGUGCGGCUGGUGUGUGACAAAGUAAUCGAUGAGGCUGACCUUGAUAACGAUGGCAGGCUGUCUCUGGAGGACUUCCGGCAUAUGAUUGUGCGAGCACCAGACUUCCUCAGCACAUUCCACAUCAGAAUCUAAGCUUCCCAACUGGACGAUGGACUCAUUUCAAUGUUCUUUAUGACAUCAACAGACCAAGGUUGGACUUACUCUAACUGGAGAACAUCAACCUGGGGACUGGGCGAGUGACUGAAACCAUCGAGUCUUGCAAAUUCUUCUGUCAUCUCGGGCGCCCAUGCUGGAACUUCACAAGGAGGUGACAGGAUCAGAGUUGAAGGGAUUUGUGUGUCCACAGUUAAAGCAUCAGAAAGAAACCGAAAAUUAAAAGCAGCCCCCCCAAGUUCAACAUUGUCUUUUUCAAAAUGGACGUUGCUUGUAUCUUAAAGCUGAGACUUCGAUAUUUGCGGCCAGGAAUUAAUUUCAUGGUCAACAAAAAAGUAUCUGAAUUUAUAACUCCAUUUGUGAUCAACCAGUUGGAACUGUCAGAAGAUAUUUUUCUGGGCCGAUUAAAACAUGAAAUCUACCCCCCCCCCCCCCACUGGCUACACCUAUGCUUCACACCCUCAUGGUCUCCUUUAGGUUUGGCCUAAGUGAAUAAAGUUUAAUAUGAACGUGAAACUGAUGACCAAUCAAAGAAAACGUUCAUUUACAGGCGGCCUGGACUCUUAUUAUUAUUUUUUUUUUUGUUCUUUAUUUCACCUUAUACAAUUUCUCGUAUUAGUUUUCACA